CGAAUCUGGCACUAGUUGUUCCGCUUCUCCUCCUCCACUGCAAAACCCCAAGCACGUUCACAGCCGUCCGAUCUAGGGUUACAAACUUCCGAAAAUCGGUACUCGGAUGCAAGAUCAAUGAUGAUGGGGUUGGAGUUGGGGUUGGGGUGGGUGGGUGCGAUUUUGGUAGGAGCGGGCUGGCUUGCUUUGGGUUAUUGCCUUGGCGCUCGUUACCCUCCUUCUCGCAUUAUUUUCUCAGCCAGACUCGCUAAGCAGGCUGCCAAUGAUCUUAACAAUGGAAAGAAGAAGAAGAACAAGGGCAAGCCCAAAGAUCCCCUCGAGAUUGAAAACCUUGCCGACAUUCUCCAAGAUUUCAAAAUGGUUUUGGUGGUCAGGAAUGAUCUAAAGAUGGGUAAAGGGAAAAUUGGCGCUCAAUGCAGCCAUGCGACUUUAGGCCUCUAUAAAAAGGUCCUCCAUCGAGCACCAAAAGCUUUAAACAGGUGGGAGAUGUGUGCACAGCCUAAAGUUGUUUUGAAAAUAGAAAGUGAAGAAGAUAUGCUAGUUUUGCAAGAAAGGGCUAAAUCGCUGAAUUUACCGACACACAUUACAAUUGAUGCUGGCAGGACUCAGAUUGCACCAAAUUCAAGGACAGUGAUGGCUAUUCUUGGACCUGUUGAAGUGGUUGAUGAUGUAACAGGUGCACUGAAGCUCUUGUAGUUUGUUUGAUUUCAAUGGUGCGUAUCGUUUUGCGAUGAGAGUUUCAAGGAUAAGUCAAUGUCAUGGGCAGCAACAUCAACCAUACCGGAAGAGAAUUGGUUCAAUUUCAUGGUCAAUUUCCAUUCUCUGAAGGCCCUGACUUAGAAAUCUACCUGUGCUUCUAUCCCAAGGAUUGAUUAUGACGACGAUGAUGAUGAUGAAAAGUCGCCGAUAUUGCAUCAUUUAUUAUGAUUAUGAAACUUAUACUGUACUAACGUAAGGAUACUUUUUUUUGAAUUCAUCCAUUACUUGGCAGAGAAAUUGAAACUCAGAACAUAAACCAUGUUCCUGGUUUUGGCA